UGUUACCUGGUUUAGUUCUGUUCUUACUUUUCGGUUCAAUGUGAUUCUGUUUCGUUUUCAAAUCAGCGCAACUAAUUACCUUAGAGUGGCAUAAACCAUUCAACAAAAGUUUUGUCAAUAAUUUAAUGACGAAAUUGGAUUCUGAAACGUAGAGUACUGAACUUGAAAGCAGCCGAUGCCGUCUACACAACUAAAAAGGGAAGGAGGAAAUUUCAGUUGGAAAUACUGAUAUUAUAGUUUCGUAAAGAAAUGGAUAUUAUGCAGUGCGGAUCCUGUGAUUGGACUUCUCUAAUGUUUCCCAACGCAUGUAACGGAAGUGGCUUUUGUUUCUUUUACCAUCAUUUCAAACAUCUGGUCACGAGAAACAACAUUGUCCUCCUGUUCGACGGGAGUUAACUUCACGAGAGUUUUAUUUGCAGGAAGUUUUUAACGUUUAUGCCCCGUAGAAAAUGCAUCCGUUUCAGAAUACGACGAUUGUUUCAUUUUUCCAUGUCAAGCAUCCCAAAUGCAAGCCGAUCAUGACUGCACGAAAAAUGUGAGAGGAAAUGCAGGAAAGAUAUGAUUCAGUUUCGGUUACACUCAGACAAGACAGCAUAUUGCUUAACCUCGGUUGUAAUGAAAUCGUCGAGCAUUUCUAAGUUGUAAGUUGUAAUGAUAUGAAAAUGAUCUGUCUCUUCUCUGUUCAAUGAACUAUGCUGCUGGUUAGGCAGCAUAUUCGGGUAUGCUGUACAAGAGAGGAGAUUCCAACAACUUACGUACAAAGCGAAUAUCUUAUUCUUACAUUUUUUAAGGCGCACUUUCACAUCCGCCGCAAUCUAGAAUCAAGAUAGACGAAAACUUUAUACAUUGGCUGUGAUGUUAUUACUCUCUUGUUUAGCUUCAAUUUAGUAGAAGAAACUCUUGCUUCAAAAUUCGACGGUUUUGGGAGAUGGAGGAUUCAGCAAAUUCAGCUGAAACUUCAAAACAUGUUACAAAGAGGAAAGGAGGCCUCAUCACAGUGCCUUUUAUCAUAGUAAAUGAGGGAUUUGAGAGAGUGGCAAGUAUUGGUCUUCAUGUGAAUAUGAUCUUGUACCUGAAAGGUGUAUAUCACUUUGAUAGCGCCACAGGUGCAACCAUAUUGUUCUGGUGGGGAGCCAUAUCCAAUUUCUUGCCUACCUUUGGAGCUUUUCUCUCUGAUUCCUAUUUGGGACGAUUUUGGGUCAUUGCCAUUGGAUCACUUGUUAGCCUGGCUGUGAGUAAUCCAUGAUCUCAUUCGGCUUACAGUUUGGGUCGUUAGUAUUUUCCUUUAACUCUGAUCCCCUUAGUGCCACUGAUUUCUUGUCGAAAUUGUUUUACAGGGACAAACAGCACUUUGGUUAACAGCCAUACUUCCACAGACAAGGCCACCUUAUUGUGAGCACUACCCACACAACUGUGUUAAACCAGACUCAGGACAGCUUUUGCUUCUCUUUUCAGCAUUUGCACUCAUGUCAAUCGGUGCUGGUGGGAUCCGGCCGUGUUCUUUAGCUUUUGGGGCAGAUCAAUUCGAUGAUCCUGACAACCCGAAAAAUGAGAGGAUCUUACAGACUUUUUUCAAUUGGUACUAUGCAUCUGUUGCUAUAUCCGUCAUGGUUGCGCUGAUUGCGCUUGUAGCUGUUCAGGCUAAGUACGGCUGGGGACUGGGUUUCGGGAUUCCUGUUGUGUUCAUGUGUUUCGCAGCAAUCAUGUUCCUAUUGGGUUCUAAACUCUAUGUUAAGAUCAAGGCAGACACAAGCUUGAUGACAGGUUUUGCUCAAGUCAUAGUUGUGGCUUGGAAGAACAAGCACCUAGUUUUGCCUCAGAGCAAUUCACCUGGAUUGUAUCAUCAUGGCAAGGAUUCAGAACUUAUUCAUCCCUCUCAAAGACUAAGGUUUCUUAACAAGGCUUGCAUGGUAAUAAGUGAUCCAGUGAAAGAAUCAAAUCUUGAGGGUUCAGUUUUUAUGGAUCCCUGGAAAGCCUGCACAGUUGAACAAGUAGAGAACUUAAAAGCACUAAUAAAAGUACUUCCCAUGUGGUCUACUAGCAUCAUGAUUGCAGUGACAAUCAGCCAGUAUCCAUUCUUUAUACUCCAAGCAGUCUCAAUGGACAGGCGCAUUUAUGGAAAUGUUCAUAUCCCUCCAGCCACACUCUCUGUCUUCGGUGUCCUGAGUCUGGGGAUCUGGGUGGCUGUCUAUGAUAGACUACUUGUUCCGCGGCUAUCUAAGUUCACGAAGAAUCCACGCGGCCUUAGCUUUGAGCAGAGAAUGGGAAUCGGAUUAUUCAUUUCUUGCAUCGCCAUGGCGACUGCAGCGCUGGUAGAGAGAAACCGGAGAAAUGCAGCUAUCAAACAAGGGGUGACAGAAAAUCCACUGGCAGUAGUGAAUAUGUCUGCCUUUUGGCUAGUACCGCAACAUGUGUUAAUUGGAUUAGCUGAGGCACUCAAUGCAAUCGGACAGAUUGAGUUUUACUAUGCUCUUUUCCCUAAAAGCAUGUCUAGUAUUGGUGUCUCUCUUUUUGCGUUGGGAACGGCUGUUGGGAAUUUGGUGGGAAGUUUCAUCGUGAUGGUUGUGAAUCGAGUUUCGAAGAGAGGGGGACACAUUGGUUGGGUUGCAGACAACCUUAACCAAGGCCACUAUGAUUAUUACUAUUGGAUUCUGACCGCUAUAAGUUUGGUAAAUUUUUUGUACUUUAUGUCGUUGAUCGCGUUCAGUAAUUCUUGCACGGAUGGAGAGUUGAUUAGUAAUGAUGACAAAAGCGCCACAGGAGAAAUAAAGCAAGAAGAGAGUGUAGCUAUAUGAAUGUGAUAGCACUUCAUUUUUGUAGAUGUCUGCUACAUAUUAUGUCCUCUUCACGGAUUGUUUGUAUUAUAUUAUAGUCUGAAUAAAGUCACUAUCCCUCCUAUCAUUUUUCCUUAAAUUAUUGUACAUACCUUCUGUGAUGGAGACAUGC